UUGUCGUUGACGCACGUGGUAUUCUCACCUGUUGAGUUCCUUUAAGUCAUUGGAGGUAACCGGUUCUUUUGACACCUGUAAAUCCACUGGAUUGAUUAAAUAUCCAUAAAGUUAAUUUUCUAUGACAUAAUUCGAUAAGACGUUAUAUCAAGAAUGGAAGGACACAUCAUUUUAGUCAUCGGAGGUGGAGGCAGAGAGCAUGCGAUAUGUUGGAAACUGUCGGAGUCUGAAAAAGUACACAAAAUUUUUGUUUCUCCUGGAAACUGUGGGAUAGCACGAGUUGAUAAGGUUUCUUUGGUACAGUUGAACAUCAAAGAUAAUAAGGAAAUCGUGAAGUGGAGCAAAGAAAAUAAUGUGAGUUUAGUGGUAGUGGGACCCGAGGAUUAUCUGGCUAGUGGAUUGGCAGAUGAGAUGGCAAAAAAUGGUAUUUCGUGUUUUGGCCCUCGGACAGAUGCAGCUAGAAUUGAAACGAACAAGGAUUGGGCGAAACGUUUCAUGGAUCGACAUAAUAUUCCGACUGCAAGGUGGAAAGGUUUCACCAAUGCGGAUGAUGCAAAAAAAUUUGUGAAAGAAUCUCAAUUUGAUGCCCUAGUAGUAAAGGCGUCAGGACUAGCUGCAGGGAAAGGCGUAGUGGUUGCUGCGAAUAAGAGUGAAGCAUGCCAGGCAAUCGACGAGGUAUUAACUCACAAGAAAUUUGGUUCCGCUGGAGAAGUAGUCAUCGUCGAAGAACUUCUGGAGGGUGAAGAAGUGUCCGUACUGGCGUUCACAGACGGUCAUACCGUUGUGCACAUGAUACCAGCACAGGAUCACAAAAGAAUAUUUGACGGGGACACUGGACCUAAUACUGGAGGAAUGGGAGCUUAUUGUCCUUGUCCUUUAUUAACCGAAGAAGAAUGUCAACUAGUCAAGUCCAACAUCUUGCAGAAAGCAGUUGAUGGAUUAAGAAACGAGAAUAUUCCUUUUGUGGGAGUAUUGUAUGCUGGUUUAAUGCUAACUCGCGACGGCCCUAAAGUGUUGGAAUUCAACUGCAGAUUUGGAGAUCCAGAGACACAAGUCAUUUUACCACUUCUUCAGUCUGAUCUUUUUGUUGUUAUGCAGUCGUGUUGCAAUGGUACUCUGACUGAGUCUCAAGUAGGAUGGAAAAAGGGUGUCUUUGCAGCAGGAGUUAUUAUAGCCUCUCGUAAUUAUCCUGAAUCUUCUUCGAAAGGACAGCCGAUAAAAGGUAUUGAUGAAGUAAGUCACUGGCAGAAUCAUUACGUCUUCCACAGUGGCACGUCACUAUCAUCCAGUGGAGAAUUUGUAACGAAUGGUGGAAGAGUUCUGAUCACUGUGUGUCUGGCACCUUCGUUGGCUGCCGCAGCAGGUAAAGCUACGGCAGCAGCCAAAUAUAUUUCAUUUGAAGGAAUGCAAUUUAGAAAAGACAUCGCACAUAAGGGGAUCUGUAGGUCGAUCUUACAGAGUGGCUCAUUGACGUAUAAGUGCAGUGGAGUUGACAUCGAAGCUGGUGAUUCUGUGGUGUCUUUUAUUAAACCAGCAGUUGCUUUGACUAAACGUCCUGGCUCGGUGGGUAGCAUUGGAGGUUUCGGUGGGUUAUUUGACAUUAAAGCUGCUGGAUACACUGAUCCAUUUAUGGUGUCUGGAACGGAUGGCGUUGGCACUAAGUUAAAGAUUGCAAUAGAAUGUAAUUCCCAUGACUCCGUGGGCAUCGACUUGGUUGCAAUGUGUGUCAAUGAUGUCUUGGCACACGGAGCUGAACCAUUAUUCUUCCUUGACUAUUUUGCUUGUGGAAGACUCGAUGUUAGAGUAGCUGUCAAAGUGAUCGAAGGUGUAUCGGAGGGCUGCCGAAGAGCAGGUUGUGCUCUGGUUGGUGGAGAAACUGCAGAGAUGCCAGACAUGUACCCCGAUGGAGAGUACGACUUGGCUGGUUUUGCCGUCGGAGCAGUCGAGAGGAAAGAUUUACUUCCUCUUAUUUCUGACAUAACUGUAGGAGACGUUGUCAUUGGAAUUCCAUCUAGUGGAAUUCACAGCAAUGGAUUUAGUUUGGUUCGAAAAAUCUUGAAGAUGGCCAACAAAUCAUACUCAGACAUCGCACCAUUCGAUUUGGAAGGAAGGACUAUAGGAAAGGUCUUGUUGGAGCCUACAAAAAUCUACACCAAAGCAGUGCUUCCGGUGUUGAAGUCUCAUCUAGUGAAAGCAUUCGCACAUAUCACAGGUGGGGGUCUCGUUGAAAAUAUUCCUAGGGUUUUGCCAAAAGGGGUCGGAGUUGUUCUCGAUGCAACCAAGUGGAACAUUCUCCCAGUCUUCAGUUGGUUAGCUACUCUCGGUGGUGUAAGUGAAUCUGAAAUGUUACGAACAUUUAACUGUGGCAUCGGUGCUGUCGUCAUAUGUUCUCCAGAACACCAAAAAGAGGUUCUCGAUAAACUUCGUUGCGAAAAUGCCGUUCUUAUGGGAUCAGUGAGGCCUUUAGAAGGUGACAAGCAAAUUGUUAAAGUGCAGCAUUUUGAAAAAGCGGUCGAAUCCGAAAUGCGCAGGCACGUGCCAUCUCUGGUAUCGAAUCUGUCAAAACCUCUGAAGAAGGUGGGUGUUUUAAUAUCAGGGAGUGGAACCAAUCUCCAAGCAUUAAUUAAUGCUACGCAAGAUCCGACCCAGCACAUCGGAGCUGAAAUUGUUUUAGUUAUCUCGAAUAAACCCAAAGUAAAAGGGUUGACGAGAGCUGAAACAGCUGGCAUCAGAACAAAGGUAAUGAAGCACACUGAUUAUUCAAGCAGAGAAUCUUUCGAUUUAGCAAUGGAUGCUGAAUUAAGAUCUGCCGGGGUAGAAAUAGUGUGUCUCGCAGGUUUUAUGCGUUUGCUUUCCGUGGAGUUUGUUAAACGAUGGAAAGGAGCUUUACUGAAUAUACAUCCAUCUUUAUUACCAUCCUUUAAAGGAAGUCAUGCACACAAUGACGUCUUGGCUUCCGGUGUUCGAAUAACAGGCUGUACAGUACACUUUGUCGAGGUCGAGAUGGAUUCUGGAGCGAUCGUAGAACAACAAUCCGUUCCUGUGCUGCCAAAUGAUACCGUUGAAACAUUGCAAGAACGAGUCAAGUCGGUUGAACACCUGGCGUUUCCAAAAGCACUGAAAUUGUUAGCUACGGGUAAAAUACGGCUAAACGAAAGUGGUUCGAUCGAAUGGAAUAUUUAGGUUGAUUAUUUCACUUCGAAGAGAAUAUACUUACAUGGUAUUCCUUACACUCAAACCUAUUCUGAUCCUCUAAGGAUGGCACCGACCCGCGAAUAGGAUAGAAUACAAUAGAAUCCCUUCCAGCCGUUAAAUUGUAAUUUCGUCCUAGUAAACAGAUUUUUAAAAAGCCA